UGUUUUUGAUAGGUUCUGUAUUAUCCAUUGUAGUAUAAAUAGAUAGCUAUUAAGUGUAUCUGCUGUAUAGACUGUCUCUUCAUACUUUUAAUUAUUACCAUUUACCUGGAUGUUUCUUAUUUUACCCAGUACUAUUUGUCUGGUUCUGCUCUUGUUUCAAGUGUUCGCCUUUGUGUUACUCUGCAGGAUUCACUGUUUUAGAUCAUACAUGAAGGUUGAUGAUUCAUUAUAUGGUAGGAGAGAUUUGAACCCAGGCUCAUGUUUUUAUAUUGGGAUAGAUACUUUUCCCAGUGCCACUAUUUGAAGAGGGUAUCUAAUCUGCAACAUAUAUUUGUGGUAUUUUGGUGACGUUCACCUGGAUAUUGCUACUGGGCAUGUUCUGGAUCUGUUGCUGUAUUGGUUGCUCUGAUCUGGAAUCACACUGGGAUAGCUUGAGCAUUGAAACAUUUUCCUAGGGCUGCUCUGUACCCAGGGAAUUUAUGUCAACAUAAAUUCUAGGUUUCUCUGUACUAUUUCUGUGAAGGUUAUUGUGGGAAGUUUAAAUGUCAUGAGGUUUGAACUGGUGAUAUAAACCAUCUACCUCUAGGAGGCAACCACGGAUAACAGCAAUAGCCUAAAAUGUUUUGAGAGUCUCUUGGACAGCUGUGACAAACAGCUUCAAAACAGGCUUCUUACACUGGUGUUGGUCAUUUUCUUAGAAAAUCCGUGGCUCUGGUGGGGAGCAUUAUCAGGCCAGAUGGGGAAUUUUCAUUUACACUCUAAGUAUAUAUGCAUAGUCAGACUUACAUGUAUUGUAGGCAUUUUUCCUAGAUGGGUAAUAUUUAAUGAAUAGUUGGAUUCCUUAUGACUGUUUAGAAAUCCUUGCCCUCCUUCUUCUGUUUAUAUCUGUCCCUUCUCCAUAGUUAAAUCCCUCCCUGUAUUUCCAUUUCUCCCUUCAGAUCUCUUGUUCCCUAUUACUCCUGUCUCUAUUACUCACCCACACUCCACAAUAUUCUCUUCUUACUUUCCUGGUUACUGCAGUUACUCCAGGUUGUGUACUCACAUCUGAACAUUUGGAGCUAGGAACUUCCUAUGAGAGAGAACAUGAAUGCAUUGUCUAUCUUUCUGGGUCCAGGUAACCUCACUCAUAUGAUCUUUUCUAGGUCCAUCCAUUUAGCUGCAAAACUCAUGAUUUCAAUGUUCUUUGCAGGUGAAUAAUAUUGCAUAGUGUAUAUGAACCCCAUUUUCAUUAUCCGUCUGUCAAUUGGGGACAUAUAGGUUGUUUCCCUUUUGUAGCUAUUGUGAGUAGAGCAGCAGUGAACACGGCUGAGCAAGUAUCUGUGAAGUGGGAUAUUGAAUUCAUUCAGCAAGUGCCAAGGAGUGGAGCAGUGGGUCAUGUGCUAUAUUAACUUGAGGAUUUAUUUAAUUGAGGAUUUUCUAUAUUGAUUUUGAGAGUGGCUAGAUAUUUUUUUGAUGGAGUUCUUACUCUCUGUGCUUUUGCUUUUGAUGUUACUGCUGGUUGGAUUAUUGGGAACAUUCCUCUUCCUUCUCUGUGAGAAUUAUUGCUUUACUGUCUUGCCUAUGGAUGAUUACUUCCCAGUUUUCCUAUAUUUAUCUAUUCCUUACAUGAAAUUUAUUAUUUCCCAUGUUCUCAUGGAUACUCCCUCUGAUUUUCCUGUAUUUGCCUUUGAUAUAUUGUCUGCUGUCCUGCUUUGUUGAAAUGAAUUGUCUUGCUUCAUAAAUAUCUUGAACUACACUUACGUCUUUAUCAGUUCUAAUAUAGAUGUAACAAUAUGGUUGAUAGUGACUUUUUUUUUCUCCAAGCUUCAAAUGUUGUUCCGUACUCUUCCGGCUUUGGGAUCAUUGACCAGACACCUGGUGUAUUCUGUUGCUUGGGUCUUUUCAUAUGGUUUAAUAUUGUUCUGUAAGCUUUCAGUAUUAACUUUUGCUUUUUCUUUUUGACCCUUUAUAUGAAAAGGCAGCAAGUCAUCUAUUCAUUGUUCCUGAAAGAAAAACUCAAAGAAGAGAAACAGAAAGAAAUGGCUGAUUCUCCAGUAAGCAUGUCCCAGGGUCUGUUGACAUUCAGGGAUGUGACUGUGGACUUUCCCCAGGAGGAGUGGGAAUGCCUGGACUCCGCUCAGCGGGCUUUGUACAUUGAUGUCAUGUUGGAGAAUUAUAGCAACCUGGUCUCUGUGGAGAACUAUUGCAAAUGUGACCCUAUCCAUCCACAUGUGAAGACUGAAAAGGAGUCUUGUCAGUGUAACGAACUUGGCAAAAUGGUUCAUCAGUCCUCCAAAUGUGCACUUUAUAGAACAAGUGAAACUACAGAAAACUCUAAUAACUACACAUGCAGUAACCACAGGGAUGCCUGUGUUGACUCAUCAAACCCAGACAGACAUGAAAGCAUGCACACUGGAGAUGACCCUUGCAAAUCUAAAGACUGUGAGAAAUCUUUAAGUUUGUGUUCCAACCUUACUCAAGAUCAGAGACUCUACACUGCAAAGAAGGAGCACAGGCAGGGAGAAGAUGAUGACUAUUUUGCCUCUGCAUAUAGUGUUUUGCAACAACCAAUCUACAUUGGAGAGAAACCAUACCAGUGUGGUAAAUGCAGGAAAUGUUUCAUUACCACCUCACACCUCAUUGUACAUCAGAGAAUUCAUACUGGAAAGAAACCCUACAAGUGCAACCUUUGUGGCAAAUCCUAUAACCAGUGUGCAAAUCUUAGAAUACAUCAAAGACUUCAUACUGGGGAGAAACCUUACAAAUGCAAAGAAUGUGGAAAGUCAUUUCGACAGUCCUCAGCUCUUAAAAGCCAUCAGAAAAUACAUACUGGAGAGAAGCCUUACAAAUGUAAGGAAUGUAACAAAUCCUUUGCCCACCAUUCCAGUUUCAGGACACAUCAGAAAAUCCAUACUGCUGAGGAACAUUGUAGUUGCCAAGAAUGUGGCAAGGUCUUUCAUCAGCUUUCACACUUUAGAAGACAUUAUAGACUCCAUAGUGGAGAGAAGCCUUACAAAUGCAAUGAGUGUGACAGAUCCUUUACGCACUACUCAUCACUUAGAUGGCAUCAGAAAACUCAUUCUCUAGAAAUUUUUUACAAAUGCAAAGAAUGUGGUAAGCCCUUCCUUGAAUUAUCACAUCUUAAAAGGCAUUACAGAAUUCAUACUGGUGAAAAGCCUUACAAAUGUGAGGUGUGUGACAAAUCCUUUACUGUGAACUCAACUCUUAAAACACAUCAGAAAAUUCAUACUGGGGAGAAACCUUACAAAUGUGUGCAAUGUGACAAAUCCUUCACCAAGUGCUCACAUCUUAGAAGACAUCAGAGUGUUCAUACUGGAGAGAAACCUUACAAAUGUAAGGAAUGUGACAAAUCUUUUCCUGAGUGCUCAACUCUUAGAGAACAUCAGAAAAUUCAUACUGGAGAGAAACCUUAUAAAUGUGGAGUAUGUGACAAAUCCUUCAUCCAGCAAUCAAAUCUUAGAACACAUCAUAGAGUUCAUACUGGAGAGAGACCUUACAUAUGUAAGGAAUGUGGCAAAUCUUUAACUACACGCUCGACACUUAGAGCACAUCAGAAAAUUCAUACUGGAGAGAAACUUUACAAAUGUAUGGAAUGUGACAAAUCCUUUACCCAUAACUCACAUCUGAGAACACAUCAGAGAAUUCACACUGGAGAGAGACCUUACACUUGUCAGGAAUGUGACAAAUCUUUUACUACAUGCUCAUAUCUUAGAGCACAUCAGAAAAUCCAUACUGGAGAGAAACUCUACAAAUGCAAAGACUGUGACAUGUCCUUUCUCCGGAUUUCUAGUCUUAAAAUACAUCAGAAAAUUCAUACUGGAGAGAAACCUUACAAAUGCAAAGACUGUGACAAAUCCUUUAAUCAGGUUUCAAAUCUCAGAAGACAUCAGAAACUUCAUACUGGAGAGAGACCUUACAAAUGUCUGCAAUGUGACAAGUCCUUUACCCACAAGUCAAAUCUUAGAACACAUCAGAGAGUUCACACUGGAGAGAGACCUUACAGUUGUAAGGAAUGUGACAAAUCUUUUACAAGGUGCUCCUAUCUCAGAGCACAUCAGAAAAUUCAUACUGGAGAGAAACUUCACAAAUGCAAAGACUGUGACAUGUCCUAUAUCCACCUUUCAAAUCUUAGAAGACAUCAGAGAGUUCACACUGGAGAGAAAAAUAAUAUUGUAAAUAAUAUGACAUAGCAUUUUUUUUGGUAUUCUCUGCUUACAAAUUCCAGCAGUAUACAUAAUGGAAGCAUAAACUUGUGAAAGCCCUUAAUGAAGUUUUAAAUCUUAGAAAAUAUCACAGAAUUUAUAUUAAAUUAAAAUCUGCAAUAGUAGCUAUGUGACUUUUUUUUUGUAAAUGUGUAUGGGUGCUUUGUCUGCAGGUAUUUCUGUGCACUAAAUGUAUGCCUGUUGCCUGUGGGGGCCAGAAGAGGGCAUAAGAGUCUCUGAAGCUAGAAUUCCAGACAGCUGUAAGCACCUAUGUGUGUGUGUUGUGAAUUGAGCUCCAGUCCUCCAGAAGAGCAGUCCCAUUUAUCCAGCCACUGGGAAAGGUGUAAUAAAAUCAUUUCUCAGCCAGGUGGUGGUGCCAUAUGCCUUUAGUCCCAGCAUUGAGGAGGCAGAGGCAGGUGGAUACAUGUGAG